AUGACGUCUCUGGCCAACCUGAUAUACGCACAGACUCUCUACAAGUACGCGAUCGACAACAGCGUCAAAUCGGUAGUCGUGUUACCAGAUAUCCCCCAACCUAUCGCCGAGUACAUGGCAACACAAGUUCCCAAACACCCAUUGAUUCAACCCGACAUUCUCAGCAUGACAGGAGGCCCUUCCUCGCUAACUGCCGCCCAUUGUCAAAAGUGGUGGCGUCAGAUGAUCUCAUCGACGAAAAUUGCAGAAAAGGAACUCGCUCUGAGCAGUUUGGCCAAGUUGGUGGAUGGAUUCAGACAUGUUUUGUACAACGAGACGGUGGCUGGUCUGAAAGCCGACGAGGUGAAAUUCAAGCAUCUGAAGGAGAUGGAGCGGGAUAAAAAGAUUAAGGCCGAAACUGAGCGAUUAGAGAAGGAAAGACUAGAGAAGGAGAGACUACAAAAGGAACAACAGGAAAAAGAACAACAGGCCAGACGGGAGGCACUAGAAGCUAGCAAAGAGCAGGAAGAGGCCUCAAAAGCUCAGCAAUCAAUGACGAAAUCUGACGACGAGGACGUAGAGAUGACUGACGCUGUGGAGGAAUUGAAGGAGAACGAAAACAGCAGUAAGAAGGAGCAGGCUGAAGUUGAGACUACAGAGGCUGAUGUGGAGUCAGUAAAGGUCAAGGAGGAAGAAAAGGACACUGAGGUCGAGACCGAAAAGAAGACAGUAGAGGCUGAGGCUGAGGCUGAGGCUGAGGCUGAGGCUGAGGCUGAGGCUGAAGAGCAGAAUUACAAGGAUGAAGAGGAGCAGGCUGAUGGUGCAGAGGCAGAUGUCGAGUCGGACGCGAGGGAGGCUGAGGAGUCGGGGUCCGACAAGGAAACGACUGCCGACGUGGAGACCGACCGUGGAGAGACAGAAGAACCCGAUGAGAGCGAAUUAGACCGGGUGACGGAAACUCCAGAGGCAGGAGCUACUCCUGGAUCCGAGGAACGGACUCGAAAGCGAGCACGAUCUACCACUGAAGACUCUGAUUCGCGAAAGCGGUCGCGCCGAAACACCUCUGCUGCCCCUUCGGCCAACCGCAAGUUUCAGAACGUGGCUGGCAAUCUGCUCUCGAACAUCUCAUCCAACAAAUCUGCGUCUUUCUUCACACACCCUGUCAAUCCCAACAGUGCGCCCAACUACUACGAGUUGAUCUUUUCGCCGACGGACAUCCGGACCAUCAAGGCCCAGGUCAAGGACGGACGUAUUUCAUCCACUUCUGAGCUUGAACGUGAGGUCGCCAAGAUGUUUGCCAACGCCAUCAUGUACAACCCUUGGGACUCUGAUGUAAACCUGUGGGCUCGAGAGAUGCAGCAGGAGACUGAUGCUCUCUUGACCUUGUUUCGGGGAGCAGGUGGGGAGUAG